GGUUGUUUGGUGGUGAUCCGAGGGGUGACGAUGGCGAGGCCCGCCAAGGAGAAGUAUUCCCUCGUGGGGAACGAGGAGGAGGAUGAGGUUGGAGGAGGUGGUGGAGGAGGUGGUGGAGGUGGCUCCGAUUGCCAGGUGGCGCUUCAAGGGGGCGAGGCGUGCGCCGGCGAGCCGCCUGGCCCGGGGGAGAAAUGCAGGCCCCACGCCUGCCGGGGCUGCGUCCCCGGCUGGGCCUGCGUGGCCCUGCAGCUGUCGGCGGUCCUCGCCCUGGGGGCCGCCCUCGUCGCCUCGCACCUCGUUCUGCGCGGCGAGAUCUGGCGACUCCACGAGGCGCAGAGCGUCGCGCACUACGAGCGAGUGUUGAUCAGUGAUGGGGGCAUGCUGUACGAUCCAGAUGAGACGCCACCACCGCCGCCACCACCGCCACCACCGCCACCGCCCAGCGUGCUCAGUGCCCAGUUGGCCAAGCUGAGCGAGGUGGUGGCGCGACUGGAGGAGAACUCCCAGCAUGCCCUGCUGCUCGCCUACCUCCCGGACGUCGUAGCAGAACUCCAGGAGGAGGUGCGAUCCCUCACUCCGGGCAUCGACGAGAUCCGCGUCCACCACGAGGCCCUGCAGCAGCAGCUGGUCGACCUCCAGCAGCAGCUCAGCGACCACCUCCAGCAGGCUGCCGAGCAUGAGGAGGCCGUGGGGGAGACGUUGGGGCAACUCGGCACGCGCAUCAACGCCAUCGCUGCCCCCAAGCCAUUCGUGGCCUCCUCAGCGGACUCCUCAGCGGACUUCCCAUCGGACUCCCCCGCGGAGUCCCCCGCGGAGUCCCCCGCGGACUCCACCGGAGACUCCUCCCUGGACUUCUCCGUGGACUCCCCAUCGGACUCCCCCGCGGAGUCCCCCGUGGAGUCCCCCGCGGACUCCACCGGAGACUCCACCGGAGACUCCUCCCUGGACUUCUCCGUGGACUCCCCAUCGGACUCCCCAUCGGACUCCCCAUCGGACUCCCCCGUGGACUCCGCCGUGGACUCCCCCGUGGACUCCCCCGUGGACUCCGCCGUGGACUCCCCCGUAGACUCCCCCGUGGACUCCGCCGGAGUCUCCCCCACUGGGGACUCCGCUGAGCCUGGAACCUCGGCGAGCCCCGGAGCGGACUCGGGGUCAACCACCGCCACCGUCACCACCGCUCCAUCCGAGGGCCUUGCAUCAUCGUCGUCAUCGUCGUCGUCGUCGGAAGAGGAUGAAGAAGAUCGACCAGGGGAUUUGACGUCCUGGGAGUCAGAGGCGGGUCGCAAACAGGGAGUGCUCGCCAAGGUGCGGCUGGGGAUGGGCUUCGGCUCCUCCUCCUCGGAGGAGGAGGAGGAGGAGGGGGAGAGUCAGGUGGAGGAGGUGUUUGAGACUGAGCAAGAGGUAAAGGAUGCCGAGAAGAAGGAGGAGGAAGAAGAGGAGGAAGAAGAGGAGGAGGAGGGGAGGCAACACGAGGUAAUCGAAGUGAAACUGGGCGACGCUCCCGGGAUGAGCGUGGACGCGGCGGAAGGCGGCGACGACAACGACGAGGAGGAGGAGGAGGACGACGACGAGGAGGAGGAUGAGGAGGACCGCGCGGACAUGCAAGCCGUGCUGCAGAGAAUCCUGGGCAAGCAGUGGAUGGAGGCUCACCCCGCCGGGGCGCAGCGCCAGGGAGGGGCAGGCGGCGGCGGGGACGUCGGACUCCCCGGGCCCGGCCAGGACGCGCCACCGACAACGGCGACCGUCGCCGCGACGACGACGGUCGGAACGACGCGCCGGACGACCGUGGCCGACGAGGAGGACGAUGUGGUGGCGGGCGACGAGGAGCAGGAGGAGGAGGAGGAGGAGGAGCCGCCGAGCUGCGCCGAGGUCCUGCUGGGAGCCCAGCGGGCCCUGCGGCGGGGCCUGCUGGCGCCCGGCGCGUUCGUGCCGAGCUGCGACGGCUCGGGGCGCUACGGCGCGACGCAGUGCUCGCGCGGGCGUGCCGAGUGCUGGUGCGUGGACGAGCACGGCCGCGAGCUCUCGGAGACACGGAGCGACGGACCCGCGAGCGGCUGUGACAAGAUGAGAGCGGACUGGGUUGACGGCGCGCCUCAAGCAGAGGAUGCCGCUGCUCACUUGGACCUGCCGGGGAUCGUCUCACUCAGAGACCUGCAGUGGUUCCUGUACCGCUGUGACGGGGACCGCGACGGCCUGGUGACCUAUGACGACGUCCGCCGCCUGCUGGGCGACGGCGCCCCCACGCGGGAGCGCUUCCUCGGCUUCGACCUCAACCAGGAUCGUCAGCUCUCCUACACCGAGAUGCGCAUCGCCGCCGGCAUCCUGCAGUAGCCCCCGCCGACCCCCACCACCACCACCACCCCCCCCCCCCACGGCCCCCUCCCUCCCCACCCUCCGCCGCCUACCGACGGAUGUGCUCUGAAGAAGGGUCGUUCCCCAGAACGUCGGGCGUCAAAGGGGGCUCACAAAGUCCUUCUGAUUCGCGGCAUCCCUGAUUGCUGGACGGACCACGACGCACACCUACGUAGGACGACGUCAUAGACACGUACGACGACGUACCACGUACGUCAUAACAGAUACAUACUAUGACGUCAUAGACACGUACAACGUAACACCACGUACGUCAUAACAGAUACAUACUAUGACGUCAUAGACACGUACAACGUAACACCACGUACGUCAUAACAGAUACAUACUUUGACGUCAUAGACACGUACAACUUAACACCACGUACGUCAUAACAGAUACAUACUUUGACGUCAUAGACACGUACAACGUAACACCACGUACGUCAUAACAGAUACAUACUGUGACGUCAUAGACACGUACAACGUAACACCACGUACGUCAUAACAGAUACAUACUUUGACGUCAUAGACACGUACAACGUAACACCACGUACGUCAUAACAGAUACAUACUAUGACGUCAUAGACACGUAC